GUGAACUGUAGUGACCCUCCUCUUGAGCACAGCAGCGGGUGUUUGUGCCGGAGGAGGCGGGCAGGAUCUCGGCAGAUCUCAUUCUCCUUCUGCCGGUGUUUUCUACGGGUGUGUGUGUGUUGGUAUAAGCACGAUAUCUUUCAUAUCUAAUGUGAGGGAUCGAUUUAGUCUCUUUUAAUCGCGUUUUCUGGCUGUCUAAUGGAGUGACCGCAGAUGCGCGGAUCUGGAACCCGUUAUCCCGGACAGAGACACGCUUUGUUCAGCCGGUAAAGAAAAACAAUCACGUCUACAAGCAAAAUGAACGAGCCGGAGAAAGAGAACAAAUCUGAUGAAGACUCGGAGUCUCUGGAGGAAGAAGAGGUCGACCCGAGGAUUCAGGGAGAGCUGGAGAAACUGAACCAGUCCACGGAUAACAUCAACCAAUGGGAGACAGAACUGGAGGACUCCCGGCAGAAGUUUCGUGCUGUGCUGGUGGAGGCAACGGUCAAGCUGGACGAGCAGGUGAAGAAGAUCGGCAAAGCUGUGGAAGAAUCAAAACCAUACUGGGAGGCCAGAAGAGCAGCGCGACAGGCUCAGGUUGAAGCUCAGAAAGCCACACAGGAGUAUCAGCGGGCCAUUGAGAUCCUGCGGGCAGCGAAAGAGACCAUUGCUUUAGCAGAGGAGCGUCUGCUGGAGGAGGACAGCCGGCAGUUUGACUCGGCCUGGCAGGAGAUGCUCAACCACGCCACACAGAGGGUGAUGGAGGCGGAGCAAAGCAGGACGCGCAGUGAAAUGGAGCACAGAGAAACUGCGGCCAAAUACAACGCCGCCAUCAGCCACAUGAGACAGCUGGAGAAAAAGCUGAAGCGCACCAUCAACAAAUCCAGGCCGUACUUUGAACUGAAGGCAAAGUAUUAUUUACAGCUUGAGCAACUGAAGCGUCGGGUUGACGAGCGUCAGGCUAAACUCACCCAGGCCAAAGCUGAAUACCGAAGCGCCCUGAGGAACCUGGAGACCAUCUCAGACGAGAUCCACGAGCGGCGCCGGCUGUCCGCCAUCGGGCCCCGGGGACGAGGGGUCGGGGCUGAAGAUGACGGGGCCACCAUUGAUGACAUCACCAACUUUAAAAUGGAGUCUGACGGCAUAUCCAUGAUGUCUGUGAAUCUGGAGGAUGGCUGUAAUGGCACCACCUCAGAGGAGGAUCCGGAGACUUCAGAGUCCAGCUGCAGUGUGAGCUCCACAUCUGUGCCUCUGGAUAUGCCCUGCCCGUACCCGUCCUCUGCAUCGCCGUACCCACUGUUGUCCUCCUCCUGCCCGUACCCGUCCUCCGGCUGUCCUGACAUGCUCCAGAUGCCCGGCUCCGGCUCUCUGGAGGGCUUCGAGCGCGUGUCUCCAGUGCUGGGCCCUCGCAGCGAGUGCAGCGGCGCUUCGUCUCCAGACUGCGAACAGGAGAGAGGUGAAAGGGCAGAAGGAGCAGAAGUCAAACCCGAACAAACAACCAACAACAGCAGUCAGAAAAGCUCAGACCUGGAGAAGAGUCUGCGCAGUUUAUCCCUGCAAGCCCCAGACGACAACCACAACGAGAACGAAACAGACGCUCGUUCAUUCACUGUGAGCUGCAACACGCCAGCAGUGCUGCUAAACAGUGUUUAAUACACACUCCACACGCUAGACUGAGUUGUGUUGUGAAGUGUGUGAAACUAUUUGAUCAUCUCAGUAUUACGGAGAAAAGCUCAUCAUCAUCUCAGACUGGAUUCAAAACCCAUGACAGUAUUGAAGACCAACCCAAGCUCAUUAUGGAUACGUACCCCUAUAUACAUUUCUGGAGAGCGCCAAAUACGUCCCAGGAGAUAUGUCCCAGUUUUUUUUUGUGCUGUUUUUGCGAAUCCACCAGAGGCCGCUGUGUACAUUGCCAUGCCAUUCAUGCCUGCUCUUCUCGCGUAAAUCCACCAGAGGCCGUUUUCAAUUGACUGACUGAUUGACCAACGAUCACCACAACCUUCCCCUUUUAUUAACCCAACCGAUAGUGUUUUCAAAAACACAGAUUGACCCAAUUACAAACCAAACCAACAGUGUUUUCAAAAGCAAUCCAGAGAAAGAAAACCCCUUGCGUCUGCCUGAUUUUUACCAUGUUUUCGGAUUUUACCACGUUUUCACCCUGUUAUUUACUUGUUUAAUUUAUUUUUUUGUCUCUUAUUUUACCUGCUUUCUAGAACCGUUCUUUGCCGGACUUGAACCCUGUCAUCGUGGUUGACUCCGCUCUGUGUCUCAAGUCCACCAAUGUACAUGGUAAGCCCCUGAGCAAACUGGUCACAGCGGAAGAGUCAUCCACACGGAGUAAAGCGCUCAGCUGGUAGCGCGAAAACAAACAGAAGCCAUCGCUGGCAUCAUACCGCCCUGUAGCCUUCGUAUUAAAGACGAAAUGCAGCCAUACGUACCUCUGGCUACUUAAUUCGCACUCUCCAGAAACGUAUACAGGUGUACAUAUUCACAAUGAGCAUGUGUUGCAACCUACCGACAGUUAUUAGACAUCAGCUAUGAAGUGGCGACCAUACUGAACUUUUUAGUCGUCACUGAGUGGAUGUUCUUCAUGUCUUCCUCAAAUAUGUGUGUCCUGAAAACAGUGCCAUACACUAAUAUUGGUAUCUUUGCUAAAUGUGAGGUAAGAAAGCUGUGAAAAAUGUCUUUAGUGUUUAACCUUUUUGAUAUUUUGCUCAAAUAAUGAACAUUUCAUUGGAAACAGACCAAAUCGCUUGAUUCUGAUUGGCUGAUGAGCAUUCUAAAGUGUGCCCCCUAUGCUCAGAUAAAGUAGUUCCGGCAGGUAAGCACAAUACAGCUCCAUAUCACUACGCUGAAUGAUUUCGCGGUCAAAAUCUCAUCAAAACACAACUCAAGGCUUUGGAGGAGAUGUGGAAGAACUAGUGCUGCACACAGGAGCAGUUUGAGGACACAAACCUGACUAAUGUCUCAAAUACAACAUCUGAACAGUGGCUUUAGGUGUUUAACCAUAUUAUAAGUGGAAUAAUUGACUGCGGUCCAUUGACCAAGAUAUUUUUUAAGUAUAUUUCCAUUGAUAUUUUGCAUUUUUACUACACCAGAGUGACGAGAAACCGAAAGCUGUCUAUGCUGUCCAAAUGCUCUACUCAGGGGACUGUUUGAGUGGCACAGCUGGAGAUCUGCAGAUGUUAGUUUGGUCUUCAAAACUACAAUCCAAUGCAACUAAUAUCACCACACCUAGUUUAAAAGGGUUUCAGUCAUAAUAAAGAAACACUUUCAUGCACUAAUAAAUUCAAGCACUCAAGUUUUAAAAGAUUUUUGGUUCAUUUUUUGAGCAAAACACCAAAAAUAUAGUCGAAUUGAUUUAUACCCUUGCAAAUUCUGGCUUUUAUUCAACCAGCAAGUUGUUGUUUUUUUGGACUGUACAUGACAUGAGCUUCCCGCAAAAUAUAAUAAGACAAUAAUAAAAUAUUUCUCAGCUUUUAUUUACAUUUGAACAAAAACUUUAAGUCAGAAUUUGCCCGGGAUACUAAUAAUUUCAGGCUUGACUGUAUAGUUUUUCACAGCAUCCAUUGUUCAUAUGUACCCAUGAUGCAUAUACAGCGAGGAAAACAAGUGUUGAACAUUUCAUGGUUUUCCCUGGGGAUAAUAUUUCUAAAGGAGCUGUUGACAUGGAAUUGAUUUCAGCUGCUGUCUGGGCGUUCCCUGCCUUUCUACACCUCCCUUUCUUCAUCUGUUCAACACUUUUUCCCUGCGUAAUUUCAUUUUAUUAUGCAUAACUUCAUUUGUGAAUUGAUUAGAUUUGUUUUCUUUGCAUAUAUAGAUUUCUGUGGUUGUUAUCCUCAUCUGGUAGAAAUUUCAAGUCAACACCACCUUGAGAAAUAUGUUUUCAGGGAAAAAUGGUGACGUGUUGAAUACUUAUUUUCCAGCUGUAUUAGUGGUUGUAUACAAAGUCUGUAUUUUCAGUCUUCUGCAUUGGCGUCUCACUAGCUGACUCCAAACCAACUCAAACUUGCACAUAUUGACUGUUUCAGCAUAAACUAUUAAAUGUGUCGUCAAUUUUCCUGAUGUGAAUGAAGCUUUCGGCUGAAAAUCAGCUAGUGGACGCCAGCACUUAUUUUUUUACUCAGUCGGCGUCCUGCGAUGAAGUUUGUCACGUCUUAGACUAUGUGUUUUUCACUCCACAGGUUAUUACGUAUUCAUAUUGAGGUAAAGUUGAUUUUUUAUUCACACAUUCAGACUUUCUCCUUAAUAAUAUCAUUUCAGAAAAGUAUUAUUUGCAAAUCAUAUUAGCAGCCAAUGACUAUCAAAGUACAGCAUCGAACACAAGUCAAUCAAAUAGUGUCCUGCUGGUCCUACAUCACCCAACCCCGCUCUAAGUUGGGAUCGAACCGGCUACCUUCCGCAUUGGAGUCGGUUGCUCUAACAAGAAGGCUAAAGACUAUGGCCUAUUGCAUUUGUUGCUAGAGCAUCCUUUAGAGGUCAGAGGAGUGAGGUUUACCUGCACAGCACUUCACUAGCUGGCCUCCGUUACACUAAUGUUGUUUUGAAGUUAUAUUUAAAUGAGAUUUCAGACCCAAUAUUAAAAUUAGCAUGGGAAACAAUAUAGGGAGUGUUAAAGGAAAGAAUGUGCGGAUAUAAAACCAACUUAACCUCAAUUUGUCAUGUAAAGAGGGACUCAAAGUGUAGUUCAAAGCUAUAUAUUUAUACUCAAUGUUGGUCGUGUUUUCAUGUCAUGAAUAUGUUUUCAUCGCACAAAAGUUCUUAUUUGUGUAAUAAACAGAUGCUCACAGCAUGA